UGUGCCACAAAUAUGAAGUGUAUGUUGGUUUACUCACGUUCCUAAGGGUGUUUCACUGGCCUGGCCUCAGUCUCCUCAUCUCUAGAAUGGGUAUAAUGAUAGCUACUUACAGGCCUUCUGUGGAUAUUGAUGAAUUGUUGCAUCUUUUCCCUUCCUUUCCCUUCCAUUCUACCAGAAUGUGGUGAAAGGCCCAAUUUUGAGAGAGGAGCUCAGUAUUCCAGAAUCAUAGACGGGGUGGAGGCUAAAGUGGGUGAGUUUCCAUGGCAGGUGAGUAUUCAGGCAAGAAAUCAGCAUUUCUGUGGUGGCACGAUCAUCAGUGAGUGGUGGAUUGUCUCGGCGGCUCACUGCUUUUUCUCGGAGGAGAUACUUCCCUCAGAACUAAACAUUGUGCUGGGAACCAAUAGCUUAACCGGCCCGUCUCUGGAAGUAAAGGGGGUCACGACCGUGAUUAUCCACAAGGACUUUAAAAAACUCAACAUGGACAAUGAUAUCUCCUUGCUGCUGGUGGACUCACCCAUCACGUUCAACGGCCUGAAAGAACCGAUCUGCCUGCCCACGCAGCCCAGCCCCUCCACGUGGCACAAGUGCUGGGUGUCAGGAUGGGGUCAGAUCAAAAGUGCCAAACAGCCUAUGGAAACUGAGCUGAUGAAAGUGCCAAUGAUCAUCAUGGAUUGGGAGAAGUGUUCAAAGGAAUUUCCAAAACUUACCAAAAAUAUGCUGUGUGCUGGAUACAAGAAUGAGAGCUACGAUGCUUGCCAGGGUGACAGUGGUGGGCCUCUAGCCUGCACCACGAAAUCUGGCAACAAGUGGUACCUGGUGGGCAUCAUCAGCUGGGGAAGGAGCUGCGGACGGAAGGCCACCCCGGGAAUGUACACCCUGGUAGAGAAUUACCACCCCUGGAUCAGGAAGGUGACUGAGUUAGAGGGAAGGCCCUUCGGCGCUGGGAAAAUAGGAGCCUCCCCUAAACAGAAACCAGGGCGCUCCUGGGCCUUAGAAUUCCCGGAGCCAGGCAGCUCCAGAUUCUGGCUUCUGCUCUACUUUCUGUCCUAUAUGCUAUUCUAGGCAAUUUUCUAUGGAUAA